AUUUCCAAAAGCGCGUACAACAAUAGGAUCAUAAAUCUCAUUUGAGGACUCGUCCAUGUGUUCCAAACCAGACGAAGUCGCAUCGUCAAUGUCGCUGGAGUCGGAAGGAGUGGCGAGUUCAGAUGUACUGAUGGUGGCUGAUCUCGAGCUGCUCGUGACAAAGGUCUUUUUGACAGCUGAGACAAAGGAAGUUCGUCAUUUGCAUCGCGUUUUGCGAAAGACCUUUGGAGAAUACAGAAGGAAAUGGACAGCACAAAUGCUCAGGUCUUUAGUCAAGAAGUUCUUCCCAGACGCUCACCAGCAUAAGGAGGCGUUACUGGCUUAUUUUGGGGGAGAAACUGCACAGGGGGAUGGAGUGACUCCUAUGGAAGUUGACGACGAGCCGACGGAGGACCAGACACCGUCGAAGGAAUUUCCAUUAGAAGUGGAGAUUUACUUGUCUUUGCUCGUUUUGGUUUGGUUGAUUGAUUCUGGUCGCUACGACGAGGGAUGUGAGCUUUCAAAUACGCUCGUGUCGAGACUUGAGGGACAGCAUAUGGGAACGCUGGAUCCUCUAAGUGUCAAGGUCUACUUCUAUUAUUCUAGAAGUCAUGAACUGUCGGGGAAAUUGGCGAUGAUUCGCAAAAAACUUUUUUCUUUGCACCAAACGGCGAUUUUGCAUCACAACGUCAUGAGUCAGACGACUUUGCUCAACUUGCUUUUGAGAAACUACUUGGAGUUCAAUUUGUACGAUCAAGCGCAUAAGCUCAUAUCUAAAACUGAAUUCAAGGAGUCGUCUGCUCCCAGCAAUGAACUCGCUCGAUAUUAUUACUAUCAAGGACGAAUCAAGUGUUUGGAUCCUCUGCAGUAUCGGAUCGCGUUUGAGUACCUGCAGCAGGCGCUAAGGAAGGCUCCUGCUACGUUCGCGCACGGUUUCAGGGUCGCUGUCAUCAAAAUCACGUGCAUCGUUCAGCUGUUAAUGGGAGAAAUUCCGGAGCGAAGUUUGUUUCUGCAAAAAGAUCUGAUUGGGCGCCUCCGCCCUUAUUUGCAGCUCACGGCGGCAGUUCGAUACGGCGACUUGGGCGCCUUUAAUCGAUACAUCGCCCAUCACGAUGCGGUCUUCACGCGAGACAAGACCAUCAAUUUGAUCCAAAGGAUGAGAAACAACGUCAUCAAAACGGGUCUUCAUAAAAUCAGUUUGAGCUACUCUCGAAUCCACUUCAAGGACAUAUGCGAGAAACUGAAGUUGGACAGCAUUGAGGAUGCUGAGUUCAUCGUUUCCAAGGCAAUCAAAGACGGUACCUUCGACGCCACGAUCGAUCACGCAGGUGGGUUUGUCGCCAACAAAGAAGCCGUAGACGUCUAUUCAACAACAGAACCCCAGGAGCAAUUCAACGCCAGAAUCCAGCUCUUUUUGAACAUUCAUAACGACGCCGUGAAGGCAAUGCGAUACAUGCCCAGCUCAAACAAGAAUUUGAAGCUCGAAGAAGGCGAUCUAAAGCUCAAAAACGAGGAGGAAGAGCUGACGGCCGCUUUGGCCGAAGACGACCAAUUUUUUUGACGCGCUUUUGUGCUCAGAGUGUGACCCCAAAAUGGAAAAAAGUGGAGGGGGGAAAUCCUGCGUUUUCAAAAUAAACUGAGAUAUUGAACGCUUUAUGCAGACGGGAAAAUGCGGCAGAUACUCGCGUUAAUCGUUCGGUUUCUCUAUUGGUGUCAUCCAUUCGUCGAGCCAGUCUAGCGGUUCGGGCUGCUCGCAAUUGGGAAGACGAUUC